UCAUGAAAAAUCAAGACAAUCAAAUCAAAAGGAUGUCUUCAAAAAAGAUAAACUGAAUCAAAUCUUCGGUUAAUAAUAGAUACCCAAAUAAAGAGCUCAAAAAGAUAAAUCCUUGCAGUUCUCAAAGAAAAGUAGAUGUUCGGUCUUCACCCAUAAAAAUAAGAUUGAAGCUUCCUAAGUUUGCAAAAAAUAAGAAGAUUAUAAAGAAACUAAAUAAGAUUUUCCCAAAUUUUCCAGGCUAUUUCUCACCUCAGCAAAAGAGAGAAAAUAACAUUAGAAUCUCUACUAAGAAAAUGGGAGAUUUCAGUCCCUCUCCAUGCAUUCACUCUGGUAGAAAUACCUUCAUGAAUACCCAAAAUUUUACUUCAAACUUCGCUCAUGACUCAGGGAAUGAGACAGAUGAUAAUAUUUUCAAACUAGAGAUAAGGAAUAACCCUUCUUCAUUUGUGAACGACCAGUUCCCUCAACUGUUUAAACCUAAAAUUUUUAACUUUUCAGAGGAGAAUUCUCGAAAUUUAAUGAAUCCUAAUAAAAAAUCCAUAAGUCGGUUUAAGAAUUUCUUAAGAACUUCGUUCGAGAAGUCUCUUAAGAUCUCACAAGUAAUCAACCACGUUAGCCCAAAAAUAACAGAAAUCGACCGUCUUCCAAGAGAGGAGUUUAGGGUUUGUUUUAAGUCUCCUCAAGGCAAAAGGAGUGGUAUCAGAAGAGAGAAAUAUAGGAGUGAGAGCAAAAGCCAUCCCUUCAAGAAUUCCUUCCUUAGUUCCAAGCUUAACCAGCUUCAGAAGUUGAACCUCGAGAUGCAGAAAAAGGUAUCGAACAUUGAUAAGUGAGGGAAGGAUCAGAACCAGUAUCAGUUCAACAGGUUAUUUAAUUAAGAAUUAUGGAAAUUAUGC